AUGGGGAUCCAAGUCGAAUCCUCGCUAGAACCGCCUCGUCGAUCGUCUCCUUUCGCGCAGCAAUACGGACCAUGGCACUACCACGAUGUUCGAUCUAGUCGGUACGGUUGGGGUGAGGGGGCCGCGCUCAUCUCGAACGCAUUUUCCGAACGGUUUGCAGGACCUGGGGCGGAGGGGAGUAAGAGCAAGACGGCGCGGCCUUCGCUUCUUGUCGAAAGGGAACAACAGGAAGAAAAUUCGACAUCCGUCAGCACCGCCUUACCGGAGGUUCUCCCAACAAUACUCCAAACGCCACAACCAACACCCUCACCAUGGGUCUUCACCCAGAUACACCCAACAGCCGAUCACAUUCUCACAUUCCCUUUGAAUACCACUGCCGCUGCUGCCCUAGUAGCAUCACCACUGUUCCCUAGCAGGCUCAACCUCAAACGCUCCCGCCCAUCAACAGACGUAGACGGCCACAACACCGCGCCCCUAUCCUGCAAGAAGCGUCGGCUGCGCUUACACCUCGUCACAUCCCGGCUUUCUCGUCCCUUUUCCUUACCAGCUACGCACAUUCUCAACCGGGAAUCGAUCCUCAAGGGAGAUAAGAGGCUACGAAGCAUAGCGGCAGCGGCGAAUAGGAGAAUGGCUAUGGCUGGUUGGGGAGUUGGUGCUGCUGCUGGGCAAAAUGUGAUGGCGAUGGGCGGAAAUGGAGGUUCGGCGUGGUUGAGGAAGAUGGCGGUUAUGAAUCGAUUUCGGAUGAGGAUGUUGGGCGAGAAUCUGGCGAGAGCUCAGGCAGCGCAGGCACAGCAGACUGCACAGGUACAAGCACAGGCUUCCGGGCAAGGGCAGGUUGCGGGAAACGGAGGCGGGAAUGUGGGAGGCGUAGCCAUGGCGAGAUGUGGGACAAGUCCACGGCUUCCUUCAGGCCAGGCCCACGCUAGUGGGCAACCAGGGCAACACGCGCCAGUGACGGGAUUCCCACCGCCAGUGACACAUAACAACACCAACACCAACACUGCAACCAGCUCAGGACCCUCAACACCUUCAACGACAUUAUCGCCACGGCGUUUCUCACCCUCUCCCCGCCUCCACCCCCUCCGCUCACCAGACCUUCGACCCAUAGACGACCAAGACUUUGACGACGAGGACGUCGCCUUCCCAACUUCCGCGCACGAAAGUCGAUAUGAAGGCGAAGAGGAGGAAGAAGGGCACGAAGUGUAUGCAGACUUUGGGGUGUUAUUCGGCGGAAGUGAUGGUGACGACCUCGACGAGGACUUGGAGGGAAAUAACUUGUCUGGCGAAAUGCCUGGUGAGCAGCAGGAGUAUUUGGGGUUGGAUGAUUUGGAUGGGAUUCCUUGGGGGGCUAGGUGUUGA